AUGAAGAAAACCAACCAGUUUGCACGUGUCAAAUGUGAAGUCGGAGACACCGUGUUUCCGAAAGAAAUCGGUGGCGUCGUCCAAUAUAACCGGACGGUGAAUGUUGAACUCGGGCGUACGAUUGGAAGUGCGGACAUUGAAGUGCGCACGUUAAAGGCGGGGACUGAGGAAUUGAAGAAGCGGGCGUCGGCGUCGGCGACGGCGGAGGGAGGGCGGUGGAGGCAGUGGCGCGGCAAGUGA